AUGUCCGCCCCGUUCCUCUUCAAGGCCCAACAGGCCUUUUUACUCCUCCUUCACACGCCGCUCCUGCCGCCACCCGAGGCCCCGCCGGCGCUCGAGCUCCAGGCCAUGGACAGCGGCAGGAGCUGGCAUGCCGGAGCAUCCCGUACGCCUGGCCAGCUGUCGACGACGAUAGCGGAGGCGUCAGUCUCGGGCUCGGCCUCAGCCUCGACCUCGCCGACAGAGUCCACCCGGAGCAGCGACAGCUCCACAGCAAGCUCCAUGGAGCUCGCGGCGUGGGACGCGGCGGGUGUGCGUGACCAGAUCCAGGACGCGACGCACACCCGCGGGUGGUAG